AUGGACGAUGAGCCCGGCAUCAACGAGCUCCUCCGGCUGGAGAACGAGUUACAAGGCAAUGCACCAUCUGUUUGGGACAAACUGUUCGAGUGCGUCUCAAUCAGGGAACCGCCGUCUCUUGAGCGGGACGCGAAGGUCAACCUGCUGAAAUUCCUUCAAGUCAAAACAGUGGAUAAGUACAAACGAGCGUACGACAACUUGUACUAUGAGCUAAACAAACAGGGUGGCCUGGAGUGUCUUCGGAGAAUAGAGCCAGCCCCUGCAAAGUCCGCCCUAUUGCAGCCCAUUGUCUUGGAGGAACAGAGGUGUGAUGCAGACGGAGAAUUUUCAAGUCAGCUGCAGUUCUACCGUAAAGGCGCCGAAUGUGCAAAGGAACAACUGGAUGAGCUGGUGCAGGAGGUGAUCAACGGCCGCGAGGGAUGCGAAGGUGUCUAUCCCAAGAUUAAGACACUCGAAAGCACAAAACGUAAGGCCGUCAGGUUCUAUGGUGGAAACGUCCGACGAGUGGCGGACAUGGCUCGGGCGGCCGUGAUCUGCAACACACCUGAGGAUCUCGAGACUGCGUACAUUGGGCUCAUGGCGCGCAUUCAGCCACAUGACGUGAAGAGGGUGACCAACGGCUUCGACUCUGAUUGGAUGCCUAAUGGAUAUCGCGACGUCAAACUGAAUCCCGUUGUCAACGGGCAUCUUUGUGAGAUCCAGUUGCAACUACGGAGCUUUUUCAACUUGAAGGCCGGCCAACAUGUGGUUUACGAAUGGGCGCGGAAGCUCAAAGUAACCACGGAGACGGAGGCUAAUCAUCUUAUCAAGAUACUGUCCCGUGAGGUCACACAGGAGAUGAUCCGCCUUGCUGAACAAAACUGGCGUGGUACCGGGGAAUAUCUACCUCACAUACAGCUCGAUGCAGCACAGUACGGCCAAGCUGAGGAGGCCUUCAGACAGCGACUUUGUCAGGUGGAGGAUGAGCGACGGGGUAUUGACGACCAAACGAGCAACGAAUGGAGAGAAAAUCUGCAAGAUGAAGCUUGGGCCAGAAGCAACCUCGGUUUUACUUUGGAACGGCAGGGUAAAAACGACGAAGCCGAAGCUCUCUACAGGCGGUCCAUCACCAUCGAUGAGAAACUCUACGGUUCCAACCACCCGGAGAUCGCAACAGACCUCAACAAUUUGGCGUGCUUUUUGAAAAGCCAGGGCAAGCACGAUGACGCGGAGCCACUGUUUGAGAGGUCGCAGGCCAUUCGAGAAAAGGCUCUCGGUCGAGAGCAUCCAGAUGUGGCCACAUCCCUCAACAACCGGGCAUCACUUAUGGAGCUCCAGGGCAAGUAUUCCGAGGCUAAAACCUUUUACGAGCGCUCGCUGGCCAUCGACAAGAGGGUGUAUGGUGCUGACCACCCUGAAGUUGCGACGACCCUCAACAACCUGGCGGGACUAUUGGAAACUCAGGGUGAAUACACGGCGGCUGAGAAACUGUACGAAAGAUCGCUGGCCAUCCAAGAGGCGGCCUUAGGUCCGGAGCACCCAGAUGUUGCGGUGUGGUUCAAUAACCGAGCGGAACUGUUGCACGACCAGGGAAAAUGUUCCGAGGCGAAGCGUCUCUUCGAGCGCUCGCUGGCUAUCACCGAGAAGGUAUAUGGUCGUGACCACUCGGAAGUGACAACCGUCCUUGACAACUUAGGGGGCCUGCUCAAGACCCUGGGAAUGUAUGCUGAGGCCGAGUCGCUGCACACGCGCUCGCUAUCCAUUAACGAAAGGGCUCACGGGAAGGACCAUCCCAAGGUUGCAACGGACCUCAACAGCAUGGCCGUACUGCUGAUCGAGCAGGGCAUCGUUGUUGGUGCACCAGGGCAAUUACGCUGAGGCUAUAGCCUUGUACGAGAGCUCGCUGGCUAUCCAUGAAAAAGUGCAUGGCCGUCACCAUCCGGAGGUUGCGACA